GGGGAUCGUCGGCGCUACGUUGAUGUGAUCAUCAGCUGCGCGCGGCCAGCCUAAGGAGUGUGAUUGGAUCAAUCAACCGUUGCCUAGGGUGAUUGGAAAGGUGGACACUAGGCGCUCGCAUUUCCAGCUCGUCUGCAGGAAUGAUUUGCCUUGGUCGGUCGGUUAGCUGAGUGUAUGGUGAGUACAGAUGAUAUCGAGUGGGCGAUAACAGUAGUGAAGGACGAGCUUUGUGAGCCGGCUGAUCAGAACUCGGAGGAAGAUCUAGCGUUGAAGCAGUCAUUGGAGCUUCUCGUGGAAUCGGUGAAAGACCCGGAAGCUGGAGUUGCACGGCUGGCGGUGGAAAGCAUGAGGAAGGAGAUCCGCAGUGCAACCAGCUCGAUGACCUCAGUUCCAAAGCCCUUGAAGUUCCUCCGGCCACAUUACAAGACUCUCAAGGAGUACUACGAGGCCAUGGUGGACGUGGAGAACAAGAGAUAUCUGGCGGAUGUCAUCUCUGUUCUGGCAAUGACCAUGUCUGAAGAAGGAACAAGAGAAAGCUUGAAGUAUAAGUUGCAUGGAUCUCUGGAUGACAUUGGGUCGUGGGGGCAUGAAUAUGUUAGAAACUUGGCUGGGGAGAUUGGACAAGAGCACCAGAAGCGCGUGGAUGAAGAAAAGACGGUAGAUGAUCUCAUGCAACUUGUAUGGCAGAUUGUGCCAUUCCAUGUCAAGCACGGUGCGGUGCCUGAAGCUGUUGAUCUCCUCAUGGAGGUGGAGAACCUGGACUUGCUGAUCGACCACAUUGAGCUAGCAAACUACAAACGAACCUGCCUCUACCUCAUGAGCUGUGCCAGCUAUGUGCCCGAGCCAGAAGACAAGAUUGUUCUGGAAAUUGCAUACAAGAUAUAUCGGAAAGUGAAGAUGUACCCGGAUGCACUGAGGGUGGCUCUCCGAAUGAGCAAUGCAGAGCAUGUGAAAUCAACAUUUUGUGACUGCGAGGAUCCGGUAAUGAAGAAGCAGCUGGCAUACAUUCUUGCUCGUCAGGGCUUCGUGCUGAAUUUAGAAGAUGACAUGAGCAUUGGGGAUGACGAAAGGGAAGUGUUACAGGAGAUUAUCAGCAACUCCAAGUUGAGUGAGGGGUACUUAGCUCUGGCAAGGGAUUUGGACGUCAUGGAAGCAAAGACGCCUGAAGACAUUUACAAGGCACACCUACUGGAUAGCCGAGCUACGUCUGGGGCAAGUGUGGACUCAGCAAGGCAGAAUCUCGCUGCUACGUUUGUGAAUGCAUUUGUUAAUGCUGGCUUUGGUCAGGACAAGUUGAUGACGGUCCAGUCAUCGGAGUCUUCAACUGGGACUGGGUCUGGAAGCUGGUUGUUCAGGAACAAGGAUCAUGGCAAAACGAGUGCAGCAGCAAGCUUGGUAUGCCUCUCUUUUACCACUUCAUCCUCUGGCAAGGUCCUCUUGGCCUUGACCCAAACCGGGACCGUCCUCAACCAUGUGUUGAGUUCCUCGUCCUUUCUCUUGCCUGAGAAGGCAAGAGGCGGUUUCAUUGGGUCUUGGGAUACCAUUGACCUUGCGGCUGUCCAGAUUGCUGAACAGGUUGUUGUGGUGAUGUAGCAAUCACCGCUGGACCCGAAGAAGAACGUACCACUUGGUUGUGAACCAGCUUGAACUGGAAAAGGGCCUGACAUCGCCGUUAACGGCAGUGGCGAUUGGGCUGGCGGCCUAAAUCCUGGCCUUGUCAGAAUGUCCAGGAUCUGGUCCAAAGUGCUCUGCAUGAAGUCCAACCUACUGUCCACGUGCGCAUGUAGCGACAACAUGUUGUUCCUCAACACUUUCAUGGGCUCGUUCAUUCCUGAGUCAUCUAAGCCCUCCAAUUCAGCCUUGUCAGCCUGUAACGUUUCAAGCCUGGCUGCUCUACUUUUCAUUUCUUUUUCUCUAUC